UGGUUCAUCAGUGAGGCGCGCGCGGGGUGCGUGAGCGCUUGGAGACGUAGCGCUGCGCGUGGGUCGCUACGAGAGGUGUGUGCGUCCGUGACACUACUCCACAACACCGAUUAGACAUCAUAUAUCAACCUACGGCGGGUCACGGAGCAUCGCAUCACUCACCCUGAAAACCAACGCUUUUAAACGGCAUCCGCGUAAUUCUUUCAUUCAGUCCGUUUGAACAGUGCUCAUUCUCGAAUACACCCUGCUCCAGAGGUGGCUUCUAAUACCGGACAAUGACACUGACCCAUAGCCGGAGAUAGGGAUGGAUACAAGAGUGUGGAGGAUGCUCGCCCUGCUCGGUGUGAUUGCAGUCCUGCUGGAGGUGUAUGGUGAUGACAGCUACCUGAAUGCAGUGCAGAAUACAGUUCCUCUGUCCUGCUCUGAGGGCUUCACUGAGCUGGGCUAUUACAAUGGCACAGUUUCUCAGACCGACUCGGGUUCACCCUGUCUAAAGUGGGCCGAAUUCCCAGAUUACGUGCAGCAGUAUCCAGGCAGGGGACUUGGAGAGCACAAUUUUUGUCGAAAUCCUGACCGUGAGUCCAAUCCAUGGUGUUUUUUCAGGCAGAGCUCAGGGGCCAUUGGUUGGGCCUACUGCGACUGUCAUCAAGGAGCAGUCAGGUUAGCAGGAGGUUCAUCCCCAAAGAGUGGCCGACUGGAGGUCUAUCUGAAUGGCCAGUGGGGGUCGGUUUGUGACACACACUGGACAGACCGUGAUGCUAGUGUGGUUUGCCGACAGCUUGGAAUAGGUGAGAUUGGCACAGCUCUCCAACACUCAUAUUUUGGCCCCGGCUCCGGGCUUUUUCACUACGCCCGCCUUGGCUGCCGCGGUGAUGAGAAAUCCCUGCUGGAUUGCAGAAGCAGGAAGUUCGUUACGAGUGACUGUAACCAUGGAAACGAGGCGGGAGUGGUGUGCACACCACCUGAAGGUAAUGGACUGCCACUGCGGUUGGUUGGCGGGGAGGAGGACUUUGAGGGACGAGUUGAGGUCUUCCAUGAUGGGCACUGGGGGACCAUUUGCGAUGAUCAGUGGGAUGACAUGGAUGCUGAGGUGGUCUGCAGGCAGCUCGGAUUGGGGGGGAUCCCUAAAGCCUGGUCAUGGGCUCAUUUCGGGCAGGGCAGUGGGCCAAUCCAAUUGGAUGCAGUACAGUGCACAGGCAAUGAGCUCUCUCUGGACGAGUGCCAUCACAGUGGAUGGGAACAACACAACUGUGACCAUAUGGAAGAUGCUGGGGUGUCAUGCAAUCCCUAUACAGAUGGCGUAGUGAGACUGGUAGACGGUGAUAACCCAUGGGAAGGUCGUCUGGAAGUAUAUCACUCUGGGGACUGGGGCACGGUGUGUGAUGACAGCUGGACGGAGCAGCAUGCACAGGUGGUCUGCAGACAGCUGGGAUUCAGGGGUGGUGCAGAGGUCGCUCCUGCUGGCGCUUUCGGAGAAGGAGCAGGGUUGAUUCUGCUUGACGAUGUGGAGUGUGAGGGCAGUGAGAGCUCUUUGCUGGAGUGUAAACAUAGUGUGUGGGGUCGACACGAUUGCUCUCAUAGCGAAGAUGUUGGAAUACGCUGCCACAGGGUAGAAAACAAUGAGGUACCACCGGCUCCACAAAGUACUGGACCUCUGGUACGAUUGGCAGGUGGAGACGAUAGAAAAGAGGGAAGAGUGGAGGUGUUUCUUAAUGGGGAGUGGGGCAGCGUCUGUGAUCAUGGCUGGAAUGAUGUCAAUGCUGCCAUCGUCUGCAGACAGCUCGGAUUCACUGGGGUGUCAAAAGCACGACCGAUGGGUUAUUUCGGAGCAGGGAAGGGGACUAUGCAUCUGACCAACGUGAGGUGCACUGGGAAGGAGUCGCUCCUUGGAGAGUGCCCUUCUAAAGGACAAGACAGCCACGCUUGUAAGCAUGGACAGGAUGCAGGUGUGGUGUGUGAUUAUUUGCCUGAGCCAGAGGCUGACAUAGCAGUGGUGGGCACACACACCUGCGGUUUGAGGGCCGGUGCCGAGAGACGCAGCAAGAGGAUUGUUGGAGGAUAUAAAUCUCUCAAGGGUGACUGGCCCUGGCAGGCAUCCCUGUGGCUCAGAUCCCAAUCUAAAGGGAAUCUGCCUCUGUGCGGAGCCACUCUCAUCAACUCCUGCUGGCUGCUCACUGCAGCUCACUGCUUCACACGGUUUGGAAGUGAUGCUUCACGGUACAUGGUGAAGCUCGGGGAUUAUAACACACGGGAGCAGGAUGAUUUUGAACGUGCCCUCUCUCCAGAGCGCAUAGAAGUGCACAAGAAGUACCGAACAGAGAGCUGGGAGCAUGACAUGGCUUUGAUCCGGCUGAAGGGCGCUGAGGGGAAGUGCGUGUCCUUUAACCCUCAUACUAACGCCGCCUGCCUGCCUGCACCUGGCAGCAAGUGGGGCAAGAGACCUGCAACAUGUGUCAUCACUGGCUGGGGAAUGACAGACACUGAGCAUCCCAGCACUCUUCUUCAGACCUGGGUACCUCUUCUGCCCUCGUGGCAAUGUAAGAAGCGUUACGGCGAGCGUUUCACUAGCCACGACAUGCUGUGUGCUGGCAGUAUGACGUCUGACCUCAAAAAGCAUGCUGACAGCUGCCAGGGCGACAGCGGGGGUCCGUUAGUGUGUCAGGGAGAGGCAGGGCGCUGGGUACUGACAGGGGUCAUUUCCUGGGGUCACGGCUGUGGUGACCCCUCGUACCCAGGUGUAUAUUCACGGGUCAGCCGUUAUCUGCCCUGGAUCGAACAGGUGACGCACAGCACCGCCCCUCUCCAGCACUGAAGCACAACUCUUUCCGAAAACCACCUGCACGUCACACUUCAGAGAACCAGGACUCUGUGAAAGGAAAAAAAACAAGAUCCUGAGAGUAUUUGACACCUGCUAUAAGCUUUGAACACCCUGGAUCUUAAUUCCUCUGUAUUCUGUACAGUUCAGUUUUAUGUCUUUAGCAUUUAGAGAUUAGGAUCUUUCCUUACUUGCAGAGUCUGUGAAGGUUGACACUGUAGAAUGACCAGUGUGAUGGUAAAUGGACAGUUUACCUCAAAAUUAAAGUUCUGUCAUCAUUUA